AUGGUCCACAAACAACUACAUGGUCCACAAACAACUCCAUGGUCCAUACACAACUACAUGGUCCACAAACAACCACAUGGUCCACAAACAACUACAUGGUCCAUACACAACUACGUGGUCCAUACACAACUACAUCGUCCACAAACAACUACAUCGUCCACAAACAUCUACAUGGUCCACAAACAACUACAUGGUCCACAAACAACUACAUCGUCCACAGACAUCUACAUGGUCCACAAACAACUACAUGGUCCACAAACAACUACAUCGUCCACAAACAACUACAUCGUCCACAAACAUCUACAUGGUCCACAAACAACUCCAUGGUCCACAAACAACUACAUCGUCCACAGACAACUCCAUGGUCCACAAACAUCUACAUCGUCCACAAACAACCACAUGGUCCACAAACAACCACAUGGUCCACAAACAACUACAUGGUCCAUACACAACUACAUGGUCCACACACAACUACAUCGUCCACAAACAACUACAUCGUCCACAAACAACUACAUCGUCCACAAACAUCUACAUCGUCCACAAACAUCUACAUGGUCCACAAACAACUACAUGGUCCACAAACAACUACAUGGUCCACAAACAACUCCAUGGUCCAUACACAACUACAUCCACAAACAACCACAUGGUCCCACAACUACACAUACACAACAUGGUCCAUACACAACUACAUCGUCCACAAACAACUACAUCGUCCACAAACAAACAACAACUACAUGGUCCACAAACAACUACAUGUCCACAGUCCAUGGUCCACAAACAACUACAUGGUCCACAAACAACUACACACAAACAACUACAUCGUCCACAAACAUCAACUACAUCGUCCACAAACAACUACAUCGUCCACAAACAUCUACAUGGUCCACAAACAACUCCAUGGUCCACAAACAACUACAUCGUCCACAGACAACUCCAUGGUCCACAAACAUCUACAUGGUCCACAAACAACUCCAUGGUCCACAAACAUCUACAUCGUCCACAAACAACCACAUGAUCCACAAACAACCACAUGGUCCACAAACAACUACAUGGUCCAUACACAACUACAUGGUCCACACACAACUACAUCGUCCACAAACAACUACAUCGUCCACAAACAUCUACAUCGUCCACAAACAUCUACAUGUCCACAAACAACUCCAUGGUCCAUACACAACUACAUGGUCCACAAACAACCACAUGGUCCACAAACAACUACAUGGUCCAUACACAACUACAUGGUCCACACACAACUACAUCGUUCACAAACAACUACAUCGUCCACAAACAUGUGUUUGA